AUGUGCGCGCUCUCCAGCUUCAAGCGAGUCCAGCAAUGGGCCACAUUCACGCGACGCUGGCACCUGUACGACGCUCGCUGGCAGAACCCGUUCCAGUCGGCCGAGCUGAUCGCCGACGUGCUGGCAGGCAAGCACAAGCCCAUCUAUCAUGCGAGCAAUGACUGCGGAGACCAUGUGGUGGUCAUUAACACCCGCGAAAUCGCCAUGCCCUGGUACGAGUGGAAGUACCGCAUGUACUACCAUCACACGCGCUUCGCCGGCGGAGCCUCGUGGACGUCGGCGUGGGAGCUGCAGGACAAGGACCCUACCAAGGUACUCUGGAAGGCAGUCUACAGGGCGUGCCCGGGCGACCUGCGCCGCAAAACCAAGAUGGCCAGGCUCCACUUGUUCCCGGACGACCGGCUGCCCGACGAGGUGGCCCGAAACAUCUCCGGCCAACUCAGACAGCUUCGGCCCGUGCCCAGGAAGCUGGCAGAGUUGAGCGACCAAGAGCGCCACAGCUUCCCCAAGCUCUUCGAUUACCCGGAGGACUACAUCGUCACGUAGCAGUCGACCCCGUUACAUAGUCGCAGGAAUAAACGCACUAGAGAUCGGUGAGCGUUGUUCCUGCUUUUCUAUCAUACAGCCACCUUUCAACGACGCGCAAUAAAUGGAUGCACCUUGCCA